AUGACCACACCUGUUCUGGCUCCUGAGGGGCUUCCAUAUCCAAUAACAAUAGACGAACUUAUUUGUCCAAUUGGGACCUACAUUGAAAAAGGUAUACGGCUAUUUGCAUAUAAAUUCUGGUAUAUGGUGGAAAUUGCUAGCUCUCCAGAUGAUAACGACCCAGCUAACACAGAUACACAAGCUUCCCAUCCUAAGAAAAAAAUUAGGGAAUCUAUCGAAUUUUUCGAUGCUCCUUUCGAAGGCACUCUGAUAAGUUGGAAUAUUGAUGUCGGUGAUGAGUUAAGCUCAGCAAGCCAAGUAAUUUGUGAAAUUAAAAGGCCAUGCAACCAUGAUAUUGUCUAUGGAGGACUCUGCACUCAAUGUGGCAAGGAGGUUGAUGAAUCUGAACAAUCGCAAUUUGGUUCAAAUUUCACGGUUUCGCACACUGAUACAAAUUUAAAGAUUAGUAGGAAAGAAGCCUUGGAUAUAGGUGAAGAUUUCAAGAAGAGAUUAAGAAAUGAAAAAAAAUUGGUCUUAGUAGUAGAUUUGGAUCAAACCGUCAUCCAUUGUGGUGUUGAUCCUACCAUUGGCGAAUGGAAAAGCGAUCCUAAUAACCCAAAUUAUGACACUUUGAAAGAUGUCCAAAUGUUUGCCUUGGAAGAGGAACCGGUAUUACCCUUUAUGUACAUGGGUCCAAAACCUACACCUAGAAAAUGUUGGUACUAUGUCAAAGUGAGGCCCGGUUUGAAAGAAUUUUUCAAAAAAGUGGCACCAUUAUUUGAAAUGCAUAUAUAUACCAUGGCAACAAGAGCGUAUGCUCUAGAAAUUACCAAAAUUAUUGAUCCUACAGGUGAAUUAUUUGGUAAUCGUAUACUUUCCAGAGAUGAAAAUGGCUCAUUAACUUCGAAGUCCUUGGAAAGACUGUUUCCCACAGACCAAUCUAUGGUAAUUAUUAUAGACGAUAGAGGUGACGUAUGGAAUUGGUCUCCCAACUUAAUUAAAGUGGUGCCAUAUAGUUUUUUUGUUGGUGUAGGUGAUAUCAAUUCAAAUUUCCUACCCAAGCAGCAAACUACGAUGCUACAAUUGGGAAGACGAUCUAGAGAAAAAGCCAAAGAGGCUGAUGAAUUACUUACGGAUAUUAUGGACACAGAGAAGAAAUUACAAGAAAAAAUUGAUGAAGAGGUCAAAAGACAGGAGAAAAAUUUAAGCCACCAGGUUGUGCCUACAGAGGAAUCGGUAUCAAAUGAAACCAAGGAAGAAUGGACAAAAAAACUUGAACACUCUGCAUCUGUUGAGGUACAACAACAAAAUAGACCCCUUGCUGCAUUACAAGAACACUUGCAUAAUCAAAGAUUACUAAUUGACGAUGACGAUGAGUUAUAUUUCUUAAAAGAUACCUUGGCAAAAGUUCACAAUGAAUAUUACUCCAUCUUAGAAAAUAAGAGCCUUGAUGAAUCAGGAGCCGAUAUAAAACUGAUAAUGCCUAAAUUAAAGCAAAGUGUUUUUGAAGGUUGCCACUUCGUAUUUUCUGGUCUAAUACCUCUACACACAGAUAUACGUAGAGCAGAUAUUGUCGUUUGGACCAGCAUGUUCGGUGCAGAAUCGUCAUCUGAAAUAAAUGAAGUGACAACACAUGUAAUAACAAAAACUCCGGGAACGUUCAAAGCGAGACUAGCGAAGUCUUUCAAUUCUGAUAUCAAGAUUGUCCAUCCAGACUGGGUGUUUGAAUGUUUGAUAAGAUGGACUCAUGUUGAUGAAAAGCCAUACACGUUAAUAGUCGAAGAACCGAUAUCAGAUAGGGAGCUGAAAAAGUUCAGAGAGGAUUUGAAUAAUCGGAAACUGACCGAAAGAAAUAAUGAACAAAAUAGUGGAGAUAUAACUGGUACCAUAGUAGAGAACUUUGAUAAUACAGUAGAUUUAUUUGCUACAGGUACCUCAUGGCUGAACGACGAGGAUGAAGAUGAAAUUCCAAGUUCCGAUGAAGAUGAUGAAAGUAGCAGCGACGAAGAAGAAAUAAAAGAGAACGAUUCAGGAACUGGUUUGCCCAAAAGAAGGGUCUCUGAAGACAGUGCCGCUGAAGAGUUAUUGUCGCAUAAGAAAAUACACCUCCAAAAUGACAAAGAAGAAGAUGAUGAAGAAGAAGAAGAUAGCGAAUCCGGUCUUGAAGAUGAACUGAUGAAUGUUUUGGAUGAUUAG